GGCCCAACAGCCCGGACCACAGAGAGCAGCAGUCGCAGUCGCCACCGAUCCACCGAUCCACCGAUCCACAGUCCACGAUCCACCGAUCCACGGUUGCUGUUUCUUUCGACCCAGCAGAGAUACUUUUUUUUUCGGCCGCCCACUCUUGGCCAAAACGCCGCUCCCGCCCACACACGCGCCCACCUCCCGCUCUCACACACCCCACGCGCGCGCGACAGAGACAGCAUGCGGCAGCCCAGCAGUCAGCACCUCCUGGCGAUCCUCGUCCUCGGCAGCGCCGCCUGCCUGAUCAGCGCCGUGCCGCUGCCGCAGCCCGCCGGCAGCCAGGAGCUCGACGUCCUGCAGAUCCCGCUGGCCAACGGCAAGGAAAUCGAUGUCUUGACAUUGGGCGCCAAAGACCAAGAAACAUUGAUAGCCGAUCGCAACAAGCGGACGAUUGGACUGCUGCGCGAACUGUUCCCCGACAUCACCAAGAAUGGAGCCACCGAUACCCAGAUCGACUUAUCGGCCAUCAACAAGCAACUGGAGGAGACGAUCCGAGUGGCCCGUCAGGUAAAGGAGGCGGAAGCCGCCGCCGCCGCCGUGGCCGCCCAAUCCCUGUCCCCGUCUUCCGCCUCCUCGCCGAUCGCCCAGGCGCCCAUUCCCCUGAAGUCCAACGAGCCCAUCCAGCUGAGCUUCAACAAUGAACUGCCCAGUGUCUCGACCUCGGCCGGUGUGAAUGACAAGGCCUUGAGCACCAACGAUCUGCAGCUGUCCGAGUCCAAGUCGCCGGCGAUCGAUGAGCUGACCCUUGACUCCGCGGAGGAGACUGCCGACCUGGACGAUCGCAACAAGAGCAAUCUGUUCAAAAGGUUCCUCAGCUUCGGCGGUGCAGGUCUGGCCGGUGGCUCAAGCGGCGGAGCAGGUGGCUCGCCCAGCGGCAAUGCUCUGGGAGCCGGAGGCUCCGGCAACUUCCUGCUGGACGUGGUGAGGCUCUUCUCGGGCAGCGUUCAGACCCAGCAGGGCGACGAGGCGGCCAACUCGGUGGGCGGCGGCGCCGGCAGCAGUAGCGGCGGCAGCUUGGGCGGCGACGGGGACGCGGAUGGCGACAGCACCCGCAACGCCGACGGCUACACCGAGGGCAUUCCCGGCCCGGUCACGCGCCUCGUGGUGCUGGCCAACCGCGGACUGGCCAACCUGGUCCAGGACUUGAUACUGCGCGUCGCGGCCACCAGCGAGAAGUUCGUGAACUUCAAGGCCAAGCUGAUAACGGCGCUGAUCUAAGGUCAGGGGUCAGCUCCGGCCACGCCCUCGCCCGAAUUAGUCAAGUCACCAACCUGUACAGAGUCAAAUGCAGCAGAUCACCCUCUCUCGCUCCCCCCGGAACGUCUGUCUCUAUCUCCCUCUGUCUCCCCGCCCCAAGAAACUCCUCCCGCCCCUCACACCCACACACACGCCCACUCACUCACACGGAGACAACUUUGUUGUGCAUCAUUCGAUCAAAGAAAUUUCCCGGCCACUUCCAUAUUUUUUUAAACUUUUAGCCAAUUUUUUUUAUAACAAAAACGGAGUUAGUUCGAUUAACUAAACACAAAAAAUCAUAAAACUAAGCAAAAUUGAAAAAAUACAAACAAGAAUUUUAUUUAUAUGUAUCAAUAAAACAAAAUCAAAACGAAAGUGCGAAAGCGACAUUAAUACGCCUAGGUAGAGAAGAAGCGCCCGAAACAGAUAUUCCCGUCCUAGAGCUACGCCUUAUAUCUUCUCCCCACUCCCACUGGCUUUUGUAAAUAUUUGCUAUUUGCAACUUUCCUCACCACUUCUGAUCUUUUGCUAGCCGCUUCCUCCUUUUUGUGUAUAUUUUGUGUUCUAUUAAAAAAUCAUGACUGUGGUGUUUUAUUUACUAUUAUUUUUAAUUAUUUUAAACGAAAACGAAGCGAAGAGAUGAAGAAGAAGAAGAAGAGUUGAUGAGAGCACGACGAAGGACCCGUCAAGUUUCUACUAGAAGAAAGGUUUUUGAUUGCUGUUGUUGGUCGCAGAACCAGAAACACCCGUACACACGACGCGCACACUCACUGAAGCAUACUCAACACACACACCCAUAUGCAGCGAUUCGAUACGCCCAUUAUAUGUUAUAUAGAUCCGUUCUUGUUCGACCCCUGUGUCCCUGGAUUUGUUUGUAACCCCCGUACUCCUAAGCGAAUUGUGUUUUCUCACUACGAUUUUUUCUAGCCUAGCUAAGUGAAUCUUUCGAAAAAUGUGUAUAAAAUAAAGUGAAAUGAUUUCAAGUACGA